AUGAAGCGCAAAGUCGGCGCUUUGGAAAAGCUCGAGUCUGACCAUGCCGCGCUCAGAUUCAAGCUGAAGAGGGACCCCCAAUCUUAUAGGGACGACUUUGAGCAACAGUAUCAACAGUACCGGACGUUGCUUGAUUUGUUCCUUGCGGAUCCUUCAACUACAGAUGGAGGUCUGGUUGCACUGAAAGAUCUCAUAGAAUUUGUAUCGCACACGGCGAAUCUAUACCCUGAUCUGACUCUCCCUGAAUUUCCCCGAAGUCUUAUAGAUCUGUUGUCCGCACACCAUGAAGUCCUUGAGAUGGAUCUGCGCGACAAGGUCGUGGGUGCCAUCUGCUUGCUUAAAAACAAGGAAGUGAUUGACUCGGUCACCCUCCUCAACACACUAUUUCCCAUCCUCAUCACAACAAAUUCAAAGUCGCUUCGAACUUUGCUCUUCCAGAAAAUAGUCUCAGAUGUCCGAUCGUCCAACGCGAAAUCCACGAACCACAAGGUCAACAAAGCGCUGCAAACAACUUUAUACAAUCUCCUCGAAGCCGACACCACUUCACCGCGCGGUUUCUUGGCUGUCAAAAUCACACGGGACUUGUGGAAGCGUCAAAUAUGGACUGACGCAAGGACAGUCGAGGUUAUGCGAUUGGCUGCGUUGAGCGACAACGAGAAGACCAUUGCGGGUGGGGUCAGGUUCUUCCUUGGUGGUGACCAAGAGAGAGAAGCAGCCGCUGAAGAGAGCGAUGAUGAUAACGACGUGGACCUGGCCAAACUGAGGCACCAAGCUGGCAUCAACAAGAAGACUAAGAAGAAGUCGCGUGAACUGAAGCAAGCAGCUGCCACCAUGAAGAAGAAAGACAAAAAGAAGAAUGCGCCACAUCCAUUGAACUUUAGCGCUUUACAUUUGCUUCAUGACCCACAGGGUUUUGCGGAAACACUCUUCUCAAAGCAUAUCCAGAAUUCCAAGAACAAGCUCGCUCUCGAGACGAAGCUUCUGGCCCUACAGCUUGUGACCAGACUUGUCGGAUUGCAUCAACUGACAGUCCUACCAUUGUAUUCGUACUUCUUAAAGCACCUCACACCCCGCCAAGCUUCAGUCACAACAUACCUUGCGUGUCUAGCACAGGCAACUCAUAGCUAUGUCCCACCAGAUGUUCUUGAGCCGCUGGUUCAAAAGAUUGCGAAUGAGUUCGUGUCGGAAGCAUCAGCUUCUGAGGUCGCUGCGGCAGGAUUGAAUGCUAUUCGUGAGAUAUGUGCACGCCAACCUCUGGCCAUGACAGACACGUUGCUACAAGACUUGGUUAUGUACCGUAAAUCAAAGGACAAGGGCACAAUGAUGGCUGCUAAAGGUCUCCUCUCACUUUACCGCGAAGUCGGUGCCGAUCUCCUCAAGAAGCGUGACCGUGGCAAGGAUGCGACAAUGGGCAUUCGUGCUGGUACAAUCAAAGAGCGACGUUAUGGUGAGGAAGCCAUUGGCGAAAUUGAAGGCAUUGAGCUCCUUGAAAAGUGGAAGGAAGAAGAGCGUAGGAAGAAGUUGGAAGCUGCUGGAUUGGAUCCUGAUGCAGACAAUGGUGAUGUUGAGCUUGACGACGAGGAUGACUGGAAGAAAUGGGAAGUGGAGAGUGACGGCGACAGCGACGACUCAGGAGGAUGGAUCAACGUCGAGAGUGAUGGAGAAGAUAUCCAAAUUAGCGACUCUGAAGACGAGAAGGAAGACAACAAAGAGCGACCAAGCAAGAAGGCGAAACUCAGCAGCGCAACGCCCACACCCGGCCCAUCAACCGACAGCAAGGAAGGAUCCAAGAGCGAAGAGCCAGAAGCAAAGUCCAUUUCCAAACUUCUCACCACGACCAUUCUCACUCCCGCCGACCUAAAACAACUCCAAGCUCUGCGCGCCUCAUCAACAAUCACCUCAUCUCUCGCCUCACACAAGCGGGCCCAACUCCUCGCCGCGCGCCACACCGACGAAGCCAUUACAGCCGAAACGAUUGAACUGGCCGCGUCGCUAGGCAAGAAGAACACCAAGGAAGAGAAGAUCGCAAUGGCCAAGCAAGACCGCGAGACGAACCACAUGUCGCAGGCGGGCAAGCGCAAGGAGAAGCGGCAUGCAGAGGGCAAGAGUACGACGAACCAGGACAAGGCGCGCAAGAAGAACUUUUUGAUGACGCUGGGCAAGGCCAAGAGCAAGAACAAGAGGAGUUUGGGUGACGUUAAGAAGACGCUUUUGGGCCAUGUGGAGAGGAAGAAGAGGGGUGGCAAGAGGGGAAAUAAGGGAAAUUAG